GUUAUUUUCCACUAUAUAGGCUUAUUUAUUAAUUGAUUUUAGAUAUAUUUUAGAUGUAUUUUCGCAGCUAUAUACCCGCAGCUCCAGGCUCGCUUUUUGGCCUCAGCAGGACAACGCACGAAGUGAAACUAAAAGCGCCCGCAUUCGCCUUUCUUUUCUGCCCAGAUGGAUGUCCUGCCAGCGGAUUAUGCUCCUCCGCAGCAUAAUCAAGGCAUCUGCACCGCUCGCACUCGAUGUGGUGAAAAGCUCGCCGCAGCGAAUCCGUUUGCGCAGGCCCGAGAAUCCUUCGGCGGUCCUUCGUCCUUCGGCAUUGGUCGACGGCGGAUGGCAACAGUAGCCGCUGGGUUUUGGGGCCACGGUGGGGGAAGCACCGCGCCACCUGGCCAAAGAGGACCAAUCACAGCGCUCCUGGUACAUGGGAAUGUGCCACCUCCCUGGGUUGGCAUGCGAAUCUCAGUCCACACAGACGUCCUGCGUCCUUUCCCUCGGCUUUUCAUAGAAUGUCAGCCAUUUUGAAUAUUUUCCCCUGUCUGCGGAUUUGGGAAAUUAGCUCCAAAGUUUAGAAAUUUCACAAAAAAUAUAUGGAUUUAUGGAUGACCAUCUACAAAGGGCUCAUCUUGAUGGUUGACCACCUACGAAUAUGUGGGUCUCCUCCUAUUCAGUUUGAUCGAUUCAAUCUGUACGUGAUGCUUUUUAAUUUUUUGAUUCCAUUCCUAACCAAUGGACUAUCAUUAG